GUGUUUUUCUCCGAUUUCGGAGUCUCGAGGAGUCGGAGUCUUUCUUCUUCCUCUCUCGUUCUGAUUUAGGGAUCAGCUCCCAUUUGAUCAUAGAGAGAUUUGAUAAUACCUCCCCAGUCCAGAACCAUCACAUAGGGAAGAGAAGAUUAACCUCCUUCUGUGUAUCGGCGAUUUUUUUUUUUUUUUUAGUGAUGGAUGGGAACAAAGAUGAAGCGCGGAAAUGCUUGAGGAUCGGGAAGGAUGCUCUGGAUUCGGGUGAUAGGUCUCGCGCGCUCAAGUUCCUUACCAAGGCGCGGCGUUUAGAUCCCACCCUCGCCAUCGACGAUCUUCUCUCCUCUGCUGGCGGAGGUGGAGCCGACGUUCCCGAUGAUACAGGUGAUGCUUCUAGGACCGAAUCCGAAAAAGCUGGAGAAGCCUCAUCAGCUCCGUCCUCAUCUGCCAAUCUAAGGGCUAGGGCUAGGGCUAGGUCAUCUAUGCCUUCCGAAAAUGGGUCAUCGGAAGCUUAUACGGAGGAGCAGAUCACGAUUGUCAGUCAGAUUAAAAGGAAGAAGGAUUAUUACGAGAUUUUGGGGCUAGAGCGGAGCUGCACCGUGGAAGAUGUGCGCAAGGCAUAUCGGAAGCUUUCCUUGAAGGUUCACCCGGAUAAGAAUAAAGCGCCUGGUGCGGAGGAAGCGUUUAAGGCUGUUUCUAAAGCUUUUCAGUGCCUUAGCAAUGAAGAGAGCAAGAAAAGGUAUGAUGUUUCUGGGACGGAUGAUCCUGCUCCCGUGAGGAGGCACCAUCAUUCUCAUGGACAUGGCUUCAAUGGCUUCUAUGAUGCUGAUGUUGAUGCGGAGGAGAUUUUCAGGAACUUCUUCUUUGGUGGGAUGCAUCAGGCAACCACUCCUUUUGGCGGUUUUCAGUUUAGAACAGGUGGCAUGGGUGGUCAUGGUGGUCAUGGGAUGCAAGGCUCUGGCAAUUUUAACAUCCGUGCUCUUUUACAGAUCCUGCCUAUUAUUAUACUGAUCCUGUUCAACUUCCUCCCCUCCUCAGAUCCUCUUUAUACGUUCAACCGUUCCUACCCGUAUGAACACAAGGUUUUGACAUCAAAGGGUGCACCCUUUUAUGUGAAAUCAGCAAAGUUUGAGCAAGAUUACCCUUAUCAAAGUUCUGAAAGGAUUGCAUUGGAGAUGCGCAUUGAGAGGGAAUACGUUGGCCUGCUUGCACAGAACUGCCGGCUUGAGUUGCAGCGGCAGCACUGGGGUUUCCAGCAACAGAAGCCUUACUGUGACAUGCUUCAGAAGUUCCAGGAAGGAGAUGCUACUUGAUGCCUUCUAGUGAGAGGCGAUAUAUCUCUUCGAUGAGUGGACUUCUCGUUGAGAAAGUGACGGCAGAGCUGCUUUUCCUUUCAAUGGCGGUCGAGAUGAGGAAUUCUUUGUGAUAAUUUUAGGAUUCAGAUUGUUGUUGCUAUAUCAUGAAAAUUUUCAUCAUAGUAUAUCAGAAGCUGCGCUCUGUACCUCUGAGAGCGCAGUAGCAAUGGAUUCUUAGAAAUUUGCACAGCACAGCACAGCUUGUCUUAUCCGUUUUAAGUUUACUUAUAGCAUUAUUGAUAAGAAUAAUUGUGUUCUCUGAUUGUAGCCUCCUCUUAAUAUAUUCUUAGAAAAUUAAGCCAUUUACCUGCGUUCU